UUUGAUAGAAUCAUCUUCUACAAUCUCGCGGAAAUUGCGAAAUCUCUUUUGUGUUUGGGAGCAGAUACUUUAUCAUUGCCACCCACGCGUUGUGCGGGCUAUCUUUGGAAAUUUACGGUCUACUACUCUGUAGGUAAAAUCGCGUGAAUAUUAUACCAUUUUUUUGGCCAGGGUUAAUAAGGGCCGACGUGAUGCCGUCCAUAUCGGUUAACGUUGCAACGCAUCAGAAGCCGAAGCCACAGGCUGGAGACGGCAGUCAUGCUCUCUGGAAGUCAGCUAAAGCCGGUGUAUGCAAAACGCGAGAAAAAGCGCGCCGGAAGGCCAUCCGAAUAUUCGGAGACAACAACGAUUCGAAGAAAACUGACCCAAGCGUAACGCAGACUGAGACAGCUGUUAUGCCGUUUAUACCAUCUGGCGUGCGGAAAUGCUGCUGUGUCUUCGCGGAAUGCUGCGCCUGGGCCUGUUGUGUGUUAAUGGUCCUGAACAUUGUGCCGCUCUUAUCCUUGGGAAUUUGGGGACUUAAGUUUCAAUCCCGAAUUUGUUCCCCAGAUGUAAGUGGUCGGAUUUCUACUGGGAAUGUCUCGAUGCAAGUUCCUGUAGAACAGGACGACGUAUUUAAAUGGCUGGACUUCAACCCGGAACAGAAAGGCGCGGCUGGUGUUCUGCAUGCUUGGGAUCGUCCGGAAACUGUUUUGCGCAAACUCUGUUUUGCCGUUGACUGCGAAUGGGAAGACUCUCAUAGUCGACUCUUGCCACCAACUUGUAAACGCAUAAUCGGAUGGCAAAAUGCGUGGCGAUUGUGGGAUAUCUCGAUCAUGGCGAUAGUCUGCGGCUCAUUCCAAAUCAUGGGUUUGCUGCUCCUCGCCGUGGAGGAGGUUUGCGGUAGCGGUGGGGUUGGACUGUGGUUCUUCAUGGUCGGCUUUUUACUUUCGCUGCUGUACUAUUACCUUAUAGCGAACGAUUUGUUCAUUAUCGUUAAAGCACUAUCCUGGUAAAAAUCUACUUAUGCUUCUAUCCAUAAUGAUAUCAAACCGGCUGUUUUUGUCCAUGCUUGUCUUCUAAAUGUGCAGAUGUCAGAAUAAUUAUUAGAUGUACCUAUCUGUAUAUCGAGAAUCGGGAUUUUUCUGUAUUUACACAGCGACAUAUUUUUAAGCAAUUUCGA